CGUAAAGUACUCAACACUCUUUGGGUCUGUGCAUACAACUACUGUUACUCCCAAUCGACGACUUCAAUAUGUCAGGCGUCGAUGUCGGUAAGGCCGCUGAUGAAAAACACGACGCCACAAACGUCCUAUUGAACGCCAUCGAGGGCCUUGCAUUUGAAGAGACGGCAUCGGUGAACACGCACGGAGCACUCGCCAAAAGCGACAGCGUAACCGUGGGAAAUACAGGAGAAAUCCGAUAUGAAAACGUGUGGCAAAAGAUGGAUGGCAAAGCCCGCAUCGGAGCAAAGAAGCUGUGGGACGAUACAUUUGGGGACGCCAUGCCAUGUAAAGUGAAGAACGAACGCCUCGGUGCCCUCUGUGUCGUCGCUUUCAGCGGAGACGAAGUGGUGGCCGUCUCUACCGUUGUCAUCGAAAUGAACAGUUCUUUAUAUUGCAAGGUUGGGUGGCUUCGAUGUCUUGUCAAGGAAGAAUUUCGACGUAGAGGUAUUUUCACUGAAAUUAUGAGUCGAUGCAAAAUAGCCUUAGAGGAGUGGGCUAUAGAAAACCCCCUUGCGGGCCUCUUGGCUAUGGGUGUUAUGUUGGAAUUGAAAUUUGACGGGAAAAAUUUGAACAACAAAGAUCCCGUGUGGCCCAAAACUGGUUUGACCCUGGUAGGCUACACCCAGCGAGGUGUACAGAUUCGGAUCGCCUGGUUAAAGCAAGCUCGCGUGGAGUUUUAGAUUGCUAUACAUGGAGGCUCUACAUAAAGGAAGAUCGAAAACGUUGAAAGAACACAAAUUCAUGGGAAAAUCCACUUGGUUCAAAUGAAAUUUACACAUUGUAGAGAUUGUGUGCAAUUCAUUGCUGGAGUAGCGCUAAAAGCAUGAAAACCAAGAAAUCAAUAUGUCACUAGUCAUCUUGAAUAAAAGAAUCCAUUAUUU